AUGCAUCGGAUGAACGUCAAAAUCAAAAAUUCAGUAAUUCAGGAAAAACAAUCGGGUAGAAAAACUUUUUUAAAUCAAACUGUUGGAGGACCGAAAGAGUGCGGCCUUCAAAAUAUAGCCAUGCGAAAAUUUUGCUGCGUUCCUCAAAGGCGCAAUACAUCUGUUUAGUAGAUCACUGCUCCAAGACUGAAAAAUAUUCUGAUCUUUAGUCACUGAAAUUUAAAAGUUGGCGCUUUCGAAGAACCAGAAAGAGUUUCGAAAAGGCUAUAAAAGGUCAAAUAUGAUUUAUUCAACGAGGAAAUUUAUUCUCGAGUUAUAUUACUUUUUUUAUUCGUAUUAAAAGACACUUUCAACUUCAACAAAAACAAAAAAUGCCAAUCAGAAACUUCCAAAAAAUAAUUUUUAUCAUAAAAGGACCUUCAUUAAACUUAGAAAACCUUCUUAUUUACAAAUAUCAACUUCCAACGCAUAUUACAACAGGAAGAAUGAGAAAAAAAAAACCAAAAACUAGCAAGUCAGGUGCUUUUUUGAGUACGAGUUGAAAGGAAAAGAACUCGUCCGAGGGUUGCGAAACGGUUGGGGAAGAGGAAAGUCGCCAAGUGGAACAGGCCUCGAGCGGCGGCCAAGGAACGAAGGUGAGGGGGCGGCGUCGGCCGACGGCAGACAUGAGAAGAUGUUUCUCCGCGCCGUCGCCUUCCUGGCAGCGCUGCUCCACGUCGUCCAAGCCGUCGACUUCCAUCCUUUGCUCGCGGCUCCGAGGACGCUGCCCGGAGUAAGAGCUCGGAUCCUUCCUCGAGGCAUCGCCUACGUCAACCAGGUCGGUCUGCCAUCGACUACCCAAUCUGGUCUUGCAGAUCGCCGACAAUCUUCUGGCCGAACAGCUUCCGCGGCUUGUCAUUCCUGACGUCCAGCACUUCCUUCCCAACGACCAAGGCGUGAUCUUCAUCUCGCGAAUCCGUCUCUCGCGGUGAUUCAUUUAGAUGGAAGAUAGGCCGUGCCAAAACGGGUUUCCUUAUUAGUUAUUAGCUGCGUUGGCCUCAUCACGAAACGGUUUCUCUUACAGUUCAGGUCUGGACGGCUGUGAUCCUAGAACGGAGAUUUGAAACUUUUUUAUUGUUUUUCAUUCACGCCGGCUUUGAAUGAUCAUCAUUCAGAUUGCAAAAGCGAUUUUUUUUUCCAUCGCGGUUUUUUUCUAUUUUGAUACUGGCUAGGGAACUACUCGGACUCGGGUACGCUUUUAGAAUUGAAACUUUGGUGGCUUAUAGACCCGGGUAAGAGUACUUGGAAACAAGAGAGAUUAUCUGCUAAACCCCAUAGGCUUCUGAGAAAAAGCUUUUUGAAAAUGAACAAUUUAGGCUUGAAAAUUAUCAAAUAUUUGCUUUCCUCCUUCUUUUGCCUGGAAAAAAGUUUUUUAGAGUUUAUCAUAGUCGGGUCAUUCAAGGCGAUUGUAUUAAAAUAUAAAAUAAGGUAAAAAGAAGUAUUUUGGAAAUUUUCAGGCCUAAUUUUCACUUUUUCUACUAAUUUUUUCUCAGUUCUCUAAUGGGUUUAGCAGAUAUUCUCUCUUGUUUUCAAGUAUUCUGACUUGGGUCUAUAAACCACUGAAGUUUGAGCUCGAUCCACGUACCCGAGUCCGAGUAGUUCCCUAGUGAGCUUCAUCGAAACGAUUAUAACGAAGCAGUUAAGUCUUCGUUGCGAUGUCUAAACUAUUCAUUCUGGUUUAUUAAAAAACCAAGUUAAAUAGCAAAGAAUAUCUUUGAAAGAAAAAACACGGAAAUGGGAGACUCUCUGUUGUCGAAAAAUCGACCUUUCAAUGUAUUUCCGAAGAAAAACACUUCCUCUACAAGAUUGUAUUGGUUCCAGGUUCCGUAGAGCGGUGUUCCAUAAUAUAUCUACUUCGGCUCCAAACAAGAUCUCAUGGACAAUGCAGGACUUGGAUCUGGGGUACAAUUCUCGUAAAAGUUAAUUGAUUUUAGUUUCCUUUUUUUGCAGGUUGAUUGGCGACUUAAGUGGAUCUGUAAACAUUGUGGUUCCGUUCAACCUGACUGGCCAAGUCGAGAUUUUGGCCAAUGGAAUCACUUUCCAUUUAGAAAACUCGGUGAUUUCUAGUUGGAAAAAAGUUUGACCCGAAAAGCUCAGAUUUUGAAAGGAGAACAUGGUGCUGGAAAAACGACGUCUUUGGCUUGUACAACAACAAUACGUGAAGUUGUAGUCACCAACCACAACGGCGGUCUUUUUGGCUUAGCUGUUUCAGUCUUCAAGGUUAAGGUUCCGAAAUGUCCUAACUCGAGAAUUUUUUUCCAGCAAGGAGUGUCCGAUAAUGUGCGCCAGUUACUUCAAGGACUCAUCUGCAAAAAAGUGACUAAAGUAGACUUUUGAACGAAAUCUUCUUUUUUUUCAGGUGCGAAAGUACAUAGACGAAGACCUCAACGAGAAGCUAGCAGAAGCGCAGACGACGAGUCGUCUGGCGGACGCGAUCGAGGCCAACGCUUUGCGAAUGGUCAACUUCCCUUCUGACGAUUCGCGGAUCCAAUUAACCGAAUUCUUCCCGCCGGUACCCAGAAAAAGGCUACUUCUAAGUGUCACUUGUUCAGGAAAUCACGACCGAUUUCUUCAUCGACUUCAGACUCAAAGAGCAUCCGCAGUGUGGAGAUAACACGGUUGAACUGGCCUCUUGGGGGGAAAUAUCAUAUCUCGGUGAGCGACUCGAAGAAGUAAUCAUAAAAGGGUAGAACCUUGCUUCUACGGAAACAGUGUAUAUCGAUGCGAAGAAAUAAAUGGUAUACAUUUUAUCCAAAUAUUACUUCGAAUUUCGCCUCAUUUUUACAAUGUUUUUGAAGGUUAAACAAGUGAAGCCUUCAUAUGACACAAGACUUCUUUCUAUGAAAACGACUAGUUUUGAACGCCCUUAAAAGAACUUUCAAGCUGCGAUUAUGAUUCAUUUUAUGUUCGUUUUGAGGCUCUUCUAACACGCCAUUUGGACCUGUCGACUCUUCUUGGCCGGGAAAAUCAGCAUCUUCCUUUGAGCGAUUCACAAAAGCAUUCUCGCAGAGCCAACAGGAGCCAAUGAUUGAACUCAUCAUAUCAGAUUUCCUUCCAAACUCUUUUCUCUAUCACGCUUACAUGUGAGUAACGGUUUGGUCCACAAACAAACUUUCGUGCAGGAACCGUUUAAUCCGCGUGCUUCUUACCAACGAGACGAGCGGAAUUUCCUCGUUUCUGCAUACGACCUGUGAAGGCUCCUUCUGCAUCGCCGACGUCGCUCCGCAGCUCGCCGAGCAUUUCCCAAACUCGACGGUAGAGCUUUCUCUCACAGCAACAAGAGCGCCUGCGUUGCUUUUCAGUGAGAAAGAUUCAGGUAGGUCGUCUUUGAUAGUCGUACUGAACAGAAUUCGACAGGAGUGAUAUCGGUCAGCGCAGGGGCCAUGAUCGUGGUCUUCGCCGUCACCGGGUCUCAGAAGCGCCAGGCCAUAGUCAUGGACAUGGAUAUUGUAGCAGAUGCUCGUCUAUCCUUACAGGCAACCUUUCAUUUCGAUGUGUGACAGUGAAACAGCGGUUACAGGGCCAGAACGUCAGUGGAACCGUCGUUUUGCGCAAGUUUGAACUCAAGAGAAAGGCUGGUCCGAUUCAGAUAUCUAACGCCGAGGUUCAACAAAUACUUCAACAGCAGGAGUAAACUGGACUUUUUUAGGUUGAUGAUAUCGCUUUGUUAGUAGGAAAAGUGCUCGAGGAAAUGUUCAACAGCUUGCUAAAAAACGGCCUACCUUUACCUUUGCCACACGGUAAAUAUCGUAUCAUUAAACUUUGAAAAUAAAAGUAUCACCAAAAAUUAUUUUAGUUCUGCGAAUCCGAGAUGCGCAGGUUAGUGUUCUCAGCCGCCGCCUUCAUCUGAAACUCGACGUUGAGGUUUUCCUAGCCCUCGAUUUUAAUCAUUCAAUUUUGGAGGUCGACGAACGGCGUCUCUCUCGGAUCGCCGCACGUACUUUCUUCAAAACUCCACAGUUUUCUCAGUCUCCCCACAUUUUUCAUCACAACGUUCGUCGAGCACUUCGACCAGUCACCCUGCCAGCUAGUCGAAGAAAUAUUACACAAUUCAAUUUUGGAAACUGGUCUCCUGACACGGUGUAAACGUUGUGUCACUCAUUCAGCAGAAUACGGGUCAUAAAAAAAAGAUAAAGUCUUUCAGAAAACUAUUUUCUGUUAUACGCAAUUGAAAGCUCAAGAAUCCUGUCGAAGUAUAAAAAUGAAAGCUCUCUGAAAAAAAAAAACCUAGUAAAAAAAUAUAAAAAGAACAACACAAUGUUCUUUUCUCUUUCAAUCUGACCAAUUAAUCUGGUGAGACCGUUUGAGACCGUUUGCUUUGAAGAUUGAACAACGCAAAUGCGAAGGUGUAAAUGAGUCAUUUAUUUAACACUUCCAUUAUAAAACGGGAAAAAAAGGUUUAAAACUCUCCAAGAGGAGGGAAUUUCAGCAAUCCGACGAGUUUAACAAAAACUACGAUUUGAAAAGUAAGAAUAGUCUUUGGGAAAGUUUUUCAAUGUAAUUAAAAAUUUUUUCAAAGCCUGGCCUGCUUGCGCAGGCUUUUUUCUUAAAAAGAAAGCCCAAAACUCGGUCCCGCCCGACCCGGCCCGACGCACAAUUGUACAAGCAAUGUUGCCUGUUGCGGAAAAAGGCAUCUGCGCUCUAUCGUACAGACCAUCAUCGCCGCGAAGAAACAAAAUUUGAAUUUCAUGCGUCAUUUAUCCUCCAUUUACAAAAUACUUUCAACGCUUUCAUUAUUGUAUUUUCCGCUUUCUUCAGGUCUGGUUAUCAGGGUUAGCUCUCGUUCUAUCCCCAUUCUGUAAAAAAUUGGAGAUGUCCAACCGAAAGUGAGUUUACAUUAUUUGAAAUAUUUGCCUCACACGUAUUUUACGGAAAUUGUCUUCUUUGUCUUCGUGGUCGACAGUGCAUUGUAAAGUUUUUGAUUAAUCAAAAAGUUCAUUUCUUGUUUUAAUAUACAGUAUCAAUUAAGCUUAGAGAAAAAAAAGUUUUUAAAAAGUAAAAAAGGAAUUUUAAAAUUGUGAACGAAAAUUUUGGUUUCAAUAAAGAAAAAUCAAUCAAUAGAAAUAGUUUUUUCAAAGCAGAAUGUUUUUUAAAGUUUUUAGUUCCGAGCUUCUUUCGUUAUGAAUCAUUUUCAGACGAGGCGUAACACCCGGCAGAGAUCGCGAACGAGAUGGUCGUGUUAGAAGGAAGAAGGCGUCGGAUAUGGAUUCUAUAGAAGUUGUAUGCCGAAUAUGUCCGUUUCGUGGUCCAAACGCCUGUCUGGAGGUGGUCAAUGAUUUUUGCGUGAGGACAGUUGUUCCUCCGAACUCUUACCGCCGCGAAGGAGCUUCUACUGUUCGUCCUUUUUUUUUCUCCCUAUUAAAGCAUACGAAGACAGGUCGAUAAAUGCUUCUCUUUUGGUUGUGUUUUCUCGGAGGAAGACGGACAGUCAAAGGUCUUCGAAAGGACAGCGGUUGAUCUUAUUAACAAUUUGGUGGCUGGAAAAAACUCACUUUUAUUCACAUAUGGGGUUUGGUUCUUUUCUUUUCACCUCUUCUUCAGAUCAUGCUUUAGGUAACUGGCAGCGGCAAAACUUACACGAUGACGGGGAAACCCACCCCAAACGAAACUGGUCUACUUCCUCGGACGUUAGAUGUCAUUUUUAACAGUAUUAUGAACAAGUCAGUUUUUUUUUAAAUUGAUACCCGAUACAUCUUUUUAUUCCCGAAGAUAGGUGACUCAAAUUUUGAUGUUGAUAAUCUUAGAACCUCGUUUUCAUUUCUUCGUUAAUUUUAAUUUAGUUCUAACUUCUUUUUUUUUUUGGUUAAGCUGUUGAAAAUACCGAUUCUUUUUUGCUCUGCUGAUUAUCCUGAACUAAUUCAAAAAGUCGCUCAAAUAAAUUUGAGGCUUAUCUGGAACAAAAGCCUAGAUUUUUAUUUUUAUAUAAUUUAAUAUUAUCAGAUUUUUUUGUAAGAAAAUCUGAUGAACUGAUCGUCCAAUCUCUCUUAGUAUAUUCUGAAAAACACGACAGAAAAAUUUUCAGAGUAGAAAAAUGUGUUUUCUCGCAAGCUGGCAUGAAUAAAUUUGAAAUUCGCCCUUCUCUCGACGCACUCCUCAAGCGCCGGCAACUUGAAAACGAAAGGAUGCAGACGAGCCAAGAAAUGGCCGACCGCUACGUUGAGCGGCUCACGGUAUACCCUAUUCCAGACUUGUUCGAAGGCCCAGAAAAGAUAUUAAAAAAUAAUCGUGUAAAGAAUAUGUAUAGCUAUCCUAUUUCACUUUUAAAACUUUUCUCGCGCUUCAAUCACUCUAACAAGCUUUUUCGAAGAAGUCGAUAAGGACUCUCAAAUAUGGUGGGGUUUGAGGUCAGCGGAUUCAAUGAAGAUUACGUUUGCUCCGUUUUCGUGUCCUAUGUCGAAAUUUACAACAAUUAUUGCUACGACUUACUUGAAGACACGAGAAACAGGUGGAAAAAAGUUGGAUGAUCCCAAAAUCACUUCUUUUUUCCAGCGCACUCACAAAACGCGAACUUCGUCACGACAGAAACCAGCAGAUCUUUGUCGACGGAGCCCGAGAAAUGGAAGUAGAUAGCAGUGACGAGGCUCUCGAGGCCUUUUGUAAAGGUUCUCUAUUGAUUAUUGGAACGAAUGAAGAAACAUACAAGUUUUGAAAAAUUUGCCUUUACACCGGUCAUUUGGAAAUUUGCGACAAUGGUGGAAUUUUCUUCAAGGCAAAUUCAAAUCAAACUCGAUAGCGAUUAACUCAUAAAAUCUUCUUUAAAAAACAAAAUGAAAAGGGUUUGAGGAGAGGAAAGGCGCCGAGUUUCUUCGACUCUUCUCAACAAAGAUUCCUCUCGCUCACACUCCGUGUUCACAAUCAAGCUGGUCAUGGCUCCGCGGGAAUAUUCGAGCAAGUCCCCGAUGCCUGUAGACGAUUCCGAGGCGAUCGUCGUUUCUCAACUCUGUCUCGUCGACUUGGCAGGCAGUGAAAGGUGAAACUUGUUUCUCCACAGGUAUAUUUGUAGGAGCUUGGAGAAUAUUGAAAAACACGAUGGCGCAUCAUUUUGAAGUCACAUUAGUUGAUUUUUUUUUAAUUUUUGAUAUGUGUAAAAAAAGAACGUUAACUCGGACUUUUUGAUUUAUGAUCCUUUUCCAAACUUUUUUUCAUCUAGACUCAAGAAAUAUUCGUCCGCAAAUAUAAGUUCUGAUUUCAACUUUAUCCUCUCUAGAGCGAAGAGGACAAUGAAUGUCGGAGAUCGUUUGCAAGAAGCGAGUAGCAUCAACCAAAGUUUGAUGGUUCUCAGACAGUGCAUCGACGUCUUGAGGUUGUUUUCGACUGGAGAUUUAGAGUUGGAACUCGAUUACAUUUCAGACGCAACCAGAGGUCGAGAGUUUCGCCCGACCAGGUGCCGUACAGACAAUCUAAACUGACUCAUCUCUUCAAAAACUAUUUGGAAGGCAACGGCAAAAUCCGCAUGGUUAUCUGUGUCAAUCCGCGUCCCGAAGACUACGACGAAAAUUUGGUAGAUCACUGAUUAUUCUCUAAAGAACAUUUGAAACAAUCAAAUUUUGUUUUCAAAAUGGUUUUUAAAAUUUUUUCUUCUUUUUUUAUUGAGUUCGAUUGAAGCCAUUUUUCAUGAUUCUUUCGCUCUGUAGAUUGCUUGCGAGUAAAGAAACUCAGUCUGAACUCACAACGGGAUUUAUGAAUGAGACUAGAAUUGAUAGAAGUUUAAUUCGAAAAAUAGCCGCGAAGAAAAUCCUCUGGCCCUACCACCUAUAGCUGAUAAGGCCAGAGGAUUUUUACACAUUGUUGAAUAUAAAACUACCAUCCGAAAAUGAGCUCACUUUGGAAUUUUUACUAUUUUAAUUAUGAGCAUUCAUGAUUUGAUCUCACAUACCGCCACGACUUUUAGAUUAGGGUUCCUUUUUUUUCUACGAAAUUAGGAUUGCAGACCAAUCGCUUGUUAAUGUGAAAAGAUUUUACAUCUUCAAUUUCCAUGAUUUUGAGCUGUUCAACUUUUUCCCCAGUUUCACAUGUUUGUCUUCAUUUUUUUUAUCUAUUUUAGAGCGCUUUGUCUUUCGCGGAAGAGUCGCAGGCGGUGAAUGUGAAGAAACAAGUGGACAGAAUGAACUGCGACCGAGUGCCCCACAGGUUCCACUCUCAGUGGAACUCCGAAAUGGACGAAUUCCUCAAGCAACUGGGAAACGAGAGAUCUUCGACCCCCAUUUUGCCUUCCUUCGUGCUACACGUUCGAAUCCGUCUUCGAAUAGAUUAAUAUGAACUUUUUCCAGGACUACAACGAUACGCGAACGAUUUCUAACCUUCGCUCGUUCUUCGAAAGUAUCAUGGCAAAUCAAUCAAGUCUCUCGUGUCUGAUUGGUUUCACAUUAAUUUUUGAAAUUCAGAUUUCAAUUUAACGUUAGUUCGAAACUACAUGAUGAACGCUGACUUCAAGGCUGAACAGUUUGAGAAGAUUUGCAAAGAAAGAGAGGAAAAAGACGAAGAAAUCCUGGAACUCAAAGCUAAGCUUUCCAAGAACAAGGUGAACUGAUUCAAUUCUAUCAAGCUGUUGACGUCUGAGUCUCUUCGCAGAGAGAGAUCGCAUCUUUGCGGGAGCGGGUCGUGAAUUGCGAGGCAGACGAAGAAGAGAACAAAGCUGCGAUGGAGAGACUUCGAGAGGAGAAACUGGAAGACAGGAACAUCAUUCUCAAUCAGAAAAAAGCUAUCAAGAAGGUUUUGUGUCUUUGGGGAUCAAACUGGAGAUGUUCCAUUUUCAGGUUCAAGGUAUCAUUGAGAAUUCGUCGCCUUCUGUGGCUUCACUGCGCACAAAGUUCGAUAAGGAGAACUUUUCUCCGGGAACGCGAGUUUCCACGGUACUUACACCUUGCCCUUUUUAUAAAUGAGAAUAGUUUGAAAGCGAAAAAAAAGGAUCCAUGAUUAAUAAGUUCAGUUUUACGAAUUAAAUAAAUGGGAAGAAGCGAAUAUCUCUCAGUUUACAGAAAAAAGUGACAACCAAAGUGACAGAGACACGAUUCGCCUCCUCGUCUUCGUCCAAUGACCUCCUCGAAAAUGUGGGCAUUGCGUCGUCUAACGGUCCCGGAUACUUCAAUCCUAAAUACCAAAGAAGGUUUCGCUUUUUAUUUGUCUCGUCUAGAGAAAUAAUUACUCGAAGUCAUGCAAUUUUAUCCCAAACUACCCUUCAAAUCGGAAUUUUUUUCAAUACUAUCAACCCUCCACCAAACUAAAAAAUUAUCUUUUUUCGGAAGUAAUUUUAUAAUUAUGUAUAAUAUAGCUCGAAUUAGUAUGUGUUAAAUUUUCCUAACAAGUUUCAGCGCUUCAUUAGAAGCGAAACCAUUUGAUAAAGAGUUCAAUUAUCUGAGAAAAAAGAAUAGAAGUUGAACUUUAAUAUAUGAAGCUUACUGGAAUAACUAAAACAAAAUUACUUUGGAUGAGUCGGGAUAGAAACUCGCAAAAUGGAACUCCCAAUGAUUGAAAUGUUUGAGGUCGAAAUCGGCGUCGCGAGUGCUCGACCACCAGCCCAUGCACAGAGUUCCAACUGGCGGAAUUUUGCGUUCUCGCAUGCCCCCGAACUCGACGCGAGUCACGAGACCUGAGGUACCAAAUAUCCGUUAGUCUCCCAUCAAUCCGUCAUGCUCCCAGCUGCGUCAACUUAACAAGUCUUCGGAAUACGUACUCACGCACCAAGAAGUCGACGACGAUGGAAACAUCAGCACCAACAUCAUCAAGGUUCCUAUCACUUCCUUUUUUUCGUGUUGCACAUUCAACGAAAGCAUGUCUCUGUCGUCUUAUACAUUUUCGACAUAGAAAUCAGAAUCCGAUUAUGCAUGGGGUUUGCCUUUUGAAGUUAUCAUAGAAAUUGUUCUAGGAGUAUUCAAUUUUUUUUUCUUUUUUCAUUUAUUUGCACUCAUGCGGGCGAAGUUCCGCAGGCUUUCUUGGAAACUUUGCGAAUAUUAUAAACAGGAGAACUUUAACUUCUUAAAGGAUUCCUGAAAAUGGGAAAAUUAAUCUAUUUCAUGGUUCCUUCUUAAGGAAUUAUCUAUCUGAUUUCCAGUAUCUCUUUCUUUGCAUCUUUCUUAACAUCUUUUCAUCUUCGAAAACGGCUUUCUAACGGAAGCUGCCAAAAAAAAGAAACGUUUCUAGAUUUGGCCCGGCCACUUUAAAAGCACUUCUGAGCACAUUUGCAAGCAUGCAUUUCAGGACUCGUCUUUUUACGGAGAAGAAUCGAAGGCCGUAACCCCCAGCACUUCGUCUCCCGACUCCGUUUUGCGAUUUUAAUGCACUUAUUCCUACUGCACUUGUGUCAUUCAAAUAAAAUGAAAUUCAAUAAAGAAAGUUUUACAAGAGGUUUUACAGGGCGAUUGUAUACCAACAGCUGGCGGGGGAACUGCCGUUGUUUUUAACGACAUCGAGAAAUUGUCACACGAGUCGCCCGCAGUCCGUCGUUGA